CAUAACAAAACAUUCCGCUGUCCGCCCAUUCGACACGGCCUGGCGGGUGGUGGUUGAGGGCGGCCAUUUCGAUAGCAAAUUCAAUAUGAAAAUUAUGUUUUCUUUUCUGAAUAAGUCCCAUUCUGACCCGGAGCCGUAAAAGGGUGAAAACUCGGAGACACAGAGCGGGGGGGAGACGGACAGGGAGAAAAACAAAGAUGGCUGUGUGAGCUCAACAGACGAACCACCAACAACAACAAGCGUCUGCGGACCGGGAAAGACAUCUCGGGUAGUCGGAGCGGACGCAGCGGACUUGACAGCCGAACCGAGUCGAGCUGUCGGGAGGGCGAAAGCCCCCCUCCCCCACCUUAAAAACAGCUGACUUGUUUUUUGUUCUGGCUGCCAACGGAGUCCCGUGUUCAGGGCUCGGUGUCAACUAGCUAGCCGCACCGUAAGUCCUUCCCCUCGGAUGACAUUUUGUCUGCACUUCGGUUUUGACUUCCAGAAAACCUUGAAAAUUAGCCCUUAAAAUAACGAGUGAGCUAGCAUUCCUCCGGUAGCCAUAGCACGGGUGUUAGCCGACUAGCGAGCUAGCUGUCAGUUAGCUUCGAAGUUAGCCCACACCCCUUCAAGAUAGAAACAAGUGAAUUUGUGGUGGGGGGGUACAUAGGAAGUUUUGGACAGAUUCGGAUGUCCGCCAUGGAAGACGAUGACAUGAUGUCUGCGCCCGGUGGCUCCUCCGCGGUCCCGGUGGCGGGGGCGGCCGAAGCAGCUGUGUCCGGGGCAGGGGCCGGGCUUGUCGGGCAGGAGGACGUCGUGAUGCGGCCCGAGACGGACUCGGACGAGCCCCCCAAGAAGAAGACCAAAGUGCCCGAGGCGGAGUCCGGCAAGUUGGAGGAGAGACUGUACUCUGUGCUCUGCUGCACCGUGUGCCUAGACUUGCCCAAGGCGUCUGUGUAUCAGUGCACUAACGGUCACCUGAUGUGCGCGGGCUGCUUCAUUCACCUGCUGGCCGACUCUCGCCUCAAGGAGGAGCAGGCCACUUGUCCCAACUGCAGGUGUGAGAUCAGCAAGAACCUGUGCUGCAGGAACCUGGCGGUAGAGAAGGCGGUUAGCGAGCUGCCCACGGAAUGCACAUUCUGCCUUAAACAGUUCCCAAGGUCCAGUCUGGAGAGACACCAGAAGGAUGAAUGCCAGGACAGGGUGACGAUGUGCAAGUACAAGCGAAUUGGGUGCCCGUGGCAGGGUCCCUUCCACGAGAUGCCGGGUCACGAGGGCGAGUGCUCGCACCCCACUAAGACAGGCACGGAGCUGAUGGGCAUUCUGGGUGAAAUGGACCAGAAUCACCGCAGGGACAUGCAGCUCUACAACAGCAUCUUCGGCCUCCUCUGCUACGAGAAGAUUGGAUUCACCGAGGUGCAGUUCCGGCCGUACCGCACGGACGACUUCAUCACGAGACUGUAUUAUGAGACGCCGCGCUUCACCGUGCUCAACCAGACUUGGGUUUUGAAGGCGCGCGUCAACGACUCGGAGCGCAAUCCCAACUUGUCGUGCAAGCGCACGCUUUCCUUCCAGCUCAUCCUCAAGAGCAAGGUGAACUCGGCGCUGGAGUGCUCGUUCCUGCUGCUGAAAGGCCCGUAUGACGACGUGCGCAUCAAGCCGGUCAUCCAUCACUACGCCUUCAGCAACGACGAUAGCGAGACGGAUUACGUGCUGCUCCCCAUCUGCGACUCUGUCGAGUGCAACAAACUGCUGGCCGCCAAAAACAUCAACCUGCGCCUCUUCAUUUUCCAGGUCCAAAAGUAAAAAAACAACAAAAAAACCCACAAACACACGGACGAAGACCCGCGAACCCCCCGCCCCCCACCACCACCACCACCACCACCACAAGGAGUGACUCAGAAGAUGACGAGGAUAAGAGGCACUCAACCACUGAUACCUCUUAACAUACACACACGCGCACACACACAUACACACACAUGAUAGACACACCCACUCACCCUAGUAAUCCACUUACCUCCUUUUAGCACACAAGUGAGAAGACCCCCUUAGGAACCUAGAUUGAUUUCGGGGUUAGUGGGUCUGAGGUGGUCAGUGUGUAGCAGUUGGACCCCCCCUGCACACCCAAGAGCCAAAAGUAGCACACAUACACACUACUGUGUGUGUGCAAGUGUUUCCUCAAUGUGAAAACGAGCGUUGACUUGAAUGAGCUGUGACGUGUGAUUGGAUUUGUUUGCGACUCCAUUUUAUUUAUAUUUCUUUCUUUUUAUACACUUUAAAGAAUUCUAGCUACAUAUUUAACAUUUGAAUUGCUUUUGAGGCAUCGAUAUUUUAUGUGUGAUGAUUGAUUACAUUGAAGUUUUCUCCAGAAAAAGAAAAUACUUUUUUCCCAUCACACCUCGCAUCAUUGAAAUAUAUUGAACAUUCAUUUCUUGGUUAAACCCGUAAAAAAUAUACAAGAUCCAAAAUCAGUACUGCUAAAUGUAGGAGUAGCAUGACAUGAUUUUAAAAGUUCGUUUUUAAGGAUCAAGAACCAAAUGCCUGCAAUUAACAUAUUCAAAACGCCCCCUCACAUUUAUUUUUACAAAAAGUCAGCUGUCCCAUGCCCGUAAUUGAUUUUGUGCAUCUGCUACAUUAUGAAUGAAUUGUGUAUAACAAAACUUAAUUUCUACUUAGCACCUAUUUUAGACAAACAUGGUUUUAAAAAUAGAUGUUUAAGAAAAGUUUAAAGUUGAAACAGCCUUGUGACAUCUUUAAAUAGCAAACAAACCUAUGAGAGUGUGUGUGUGUGUGUGGGGGGGGGGGGGGGUACGCUACUUAAAGGACAUUGGACUUGAAGGAGCAGAUGUUACGUGAAUCAAAUCUACUGUCAAGCAGAUAGAUGUCUCCUCCUCACUUCUGCUGUAUUUUUGGGGGUCUUUUCCAAAAGAAAAAAAACCAAGAAGCUUCGGUGGACUCGCUCAUCUUACUCUGGCUGUACAUGUGCCUUUUAUUAUGAUUAUGAUUAAAGCUCAUCAACCUGC